AGCCGAGAGCCCAGCGUCACCUCCGGAGCCCCGCCAUGGCCACCAGCGAGCCCGGGACGGCGCAGCCCAAGGUGGAGGAGCAGCAGAGCAUCGGGACACGGGUGGCCAGCCUGCCUCUGGUGAGCUCUGCCUACGACAUGGUCUCCACGGCGUACGCCUCCACCAAGGAGAGCCACCCCUACGUCAAGUCCGUCUGCGACGCCGCCGAAAAGGGGGUGAAGACGCUGACGGCGGCGGCGGUCAGCGGGGCCCAGCCCAUCCUCACCAAGCUGGAGCCGCAGAUUUCCACCGCCAAUGAAUACGCCUGCAAAGGGCUGGAUAAGCUGGAGGAGAAGCUGCCCAUCCUGCAGCAGCCCCCGGAGAAGGUAGUGGGGUGGGGUGGGGAGGACAAACAUGCUCAAGGUCCACCCCCCCACCACCACUUGCUUAGCAGAGGGUUGUCCUCCCUCUCCCAGCUCAUCUCGGACACCAAGCAGCUGGUGACCUCCACGGUGACAGGGGCCAAGGAUGUCCUGACCAGCACCGUGGCCGGGGCCAAGGACGCGGUGACCAGCCGGGUGACAGGUAUGAUGGACGUGACCAAAGGCGCCGUACAGGGCAGCGUGGAGUUGACCAAGUCGGCGGUGAGCAGUGGUGUCAACACCGUCAUGGGCUCGACCGUGGGCCAGAUGGUGGUGAGUGGGAUGGGCUCCAUGCUGGAGAAGUCGGAGGAGCUGGUGGACCAUUACCUGCCCAUGACGGAUGAGGAACUGGCCAAGCUGGCCACGGCCGUGGAGGGCUUCGAAACGGAGCAGCAGAAGCAGCAGCAGAGCUACUUCGUGCGCCUGGGCUCCCUCUCGACCAAGCUGCGGCACCGAGCCCUCCAGCACUCGCUGGGCAAGCUGCAGAGCGCCCGCCGCAGCAGCCAGGAUGUGCUGGCCCAGCUCCAGCGCACCCUUGACCUGGUGGAGCACCUCAAGCAGGGCAUGGACCAGAAGCUGCAGGGAGGGCAGGAGAAGCUGCAGCAGAUGUGGAUGGAGUGGAGCAAGAAGCAACCGGGCGGUGGCAAGGACAUGGUGCCACCGGAGCCGGUGGAGUCGGGCACGCUGGCCCUGCUGCAGGGCUUGACGCAGCAGCUCCAGAGCUCCUGCCAGCCCUUGGUGUCCAGCCUCCAGGGCCUCCCCGCCAGCAUCCAGGAGAAGGCAGGGCAGGUCCGGCACAGCGUGGAGGAGCUCCGGGCAGCCCUGGCCUCUGCUGCCUCCCUCCAGGACGUGACGGGCAGCGUGCUGGCCCGAGCCCGGGCCCAUGCCACCAAAGCUCGCCAGCUGAUGGACGAGCUGGUGGAGCACGUGGCCCACAACACCCCCCUGACCUGGCUCGUGGGACCCUUUGCCCCCUCGGGCCAGAACCUGGUGGACCUGGAGAUGAAGUAGCAUCUUCAGGAGUGGGGUGAUGGUGGCUCCCCCUCUCCCCAAGCCUCACUAGGAGCAUCUACUAAUCCCUGCCUGGCCCACCUUGCCUGUAACCUUAGUGCCUGCCUGUACAGGGGCUCCCUCCUCCCUGCCCCACGUGUGGCUCUGUCCCUUGUCACCUGUGCCAGGGAGGUGCAGUAACGUGCCUUGGUACCCUCGAGUGCCUCCUGGGGUCACCUCCAGCCCUGGGCUGGAUCCCCAGUGUCCCCUUGUCCUUGGUGCUUUCAAGCCCCUGGUCUUGGAGGGUUGGGGACAGCGCAUGAAGCAAUAAACUCCGGUUAGUUUUGCA